AUGCCCGGCUUGGACCUUGAUGGCUGCAAGCAAGCUUGCCGAGACAACUUGCAGUGUGUUGGUGUGGAGCAUGCAGGGACGCGUUGCGAGAUCUGGACAAGAGCCGAUGGCAUCGAGGCGUCCGUCCCCGGAACAGGCUCGUCCUGCUGGAAGAAAGAGUUCUCGCACGCCGAUGGAACAGGUGAUCGCGCUUGCCGUGGUGCAGAUGCUGGAGACAACAAGCCAACCUACUACAGUGUUCAGUCUUCCGUUCCAACGUUGGAUGCUUGCAAAGACCACUGCAGGGCCACACCUGGAUGCGUCGGAAUCGAGCACAUCAACACCCGCUGCGAGAUUUGGACCAGACCCGAAGGGAUUCAGGCCAGUGUGACACUGGUCGGAUACACAUGUUUGAAGUAUCAUGGGCCGGACGGAAGCGCCACCACAACGGCUGUGCCGACAACUCAGCCUCCAAGCCCGGUGUCGAGAACUCCCGCGACCGAUGCUCAGUUCUUGAUUCAGGCAACAUUUGGCCCGACUCUCGCGAGCAUUGAGGAGUUAGGAAAGACCACGUACGACAACUGGAUCGAUCAGCAAAUGUCUUUGCCCAUUACUUCACAUCGGGAGUACUACCGCAAGCGUGUGAACCCACGUCCUGUGCGGAGCGCAUCGGAUCUCAAUUCCGGCAGUCCACUCUCACGCUGUUCGGUUGGUUCCAGGUGGGUACGGCACGCCAUUCUCAAGACCGAUGUGAAUCGGCGUAUCCAAGUUUCCCGGGGGAAGAUCAAGGUGGACGACCUCUUCCGCACAGAUGUGGACCCCGCAUACAUUGGAAACGGCCUGAAGGCACCGCAGACCUGCACGGACCUUGCCCCGAAGAGCUGGCAGGAUGACGGCUGGACUUGUGCAUCACAGAGAUGGCGGGUGGAGCGAGAAUGCACCAAGGACAGGGAUUGCGGGGGUUUGAUCGGGUUCGCGGACAAAGAGUGGAUUGAAGACGGCUAUUGCCAGCACACUUGUUUCGAGGUUGGACUUGGGUAUGACGGAGAUGAUUGCUCGCCUGGUUGGGCGAACUUAGAUUUCGAGGGCUACAUCUGCCAUGUGGCAGCGGACGAGGCUGGUGCAUUCAUCAAACUGAGCACCUCCCAGGGCUGCUCGACGGAUUUCACCUACCAGUUGAAUCCAGCGGUUUGGAAAUCCGCUCCCGACGGCAGCAUCACACAGACGUUGAGCUUCGACAUCUUCCGCCCAGGCGUCCUUCUUCUUCGGGAAUCACCGGCACAAUGCAACCUGGCAACAAUUGUGCAGUCGGCCGCCGAAGGACAAAGCCACUUCUACAUGCUUGAGGAGCGCCUGGAGCUAGUGGAAAACACGGUGGAGAAUCCAUCUGCAACAGGAUCCUCGUCCGGCAAGUGCCCCACUGUGUCCCGAAGCUUUCUAAACGAAGCCGGUUGCAAACUCCUCCCCGGUUGCUUGCCUCUCGGGCAGCAGAAGCUGUUGGUGCCUUUGACCAUCACCAACUUGGCAGCGUUCUACUCAGUUGGUGGGCGCUACGUGUAUGCUGUGACAGGCCUCAAAACCACCAAGCCACCCUGCGGUUCCAUGUCUCGCUGGAAGCAUCUCGUAUGUGACCCUGUCUGUACUCCUUCAGACAUCACCAAUUCAAGUGCUGAAAAGAUUCGAAACGCUCUGGAAGCAGAAGCUGAUCAGGGACUCAGUCGUGACAUUGAGGUUUCCUGCUCUGGCGUCCCCGCUGAAGCAGUGGUACAGGUGGGCAGCGAAUUCUUUCAACAUGUGCACGGUGAUGAGAACAAUGUCUAUGACUUCACAGACUGGACCCUUCAGCACCCAGGUGGCGCAAGCAAAAUCAAACAGUUCACCUCGAAGGGGUAUCUACUAGUCUUCCCGAGUUGGCACCCAAUGGACAGAUGGGACACUGGCCUUGCAACGGAGGUCAUCCGUCCCGGCUUUGUCGGGAAGCUGGGCUCCACUGUGCAGUUCCACAAUCUCCCCCAACCGUUGCAAACGGAGGCCCUCGCAGCUGCCCUUGGAGCUGUCCCCGAAGAGCAGGAAUUCUCAGAAGUUUGUGGCUCGCCAGGAGAGGUUUCAAACGAUCCUGAAAGAGGCCAUCACUUGUCCUUCAAGCACGGUGCACCAGAUGAUUAUUACUUCGACAGUUCCUACGGCUUUUCGGGGGGCAUAGAUCGCUUGGCGAAGUCUGCCGUUUGGACCAUGCAGAGUCUGCACGCAGAUGAUCAGCUGCGGCAGCGGGCCGCCUGGGCAUUAUCGCAGAUCUUUGUGUGCUCCGUUCACGGUGGAGGCUAUCGUGAAAGGGCGGAGUCCUGGCUUUCAUACUAUGAUAUAUUCGUGCGGAAUGCCUUCGGCAACUUUCGCGACAUCAUGCAGCAAGUGACCUACAAUCCUAUAAUGGGGGACUAUCUGACAUUCAAGAGAAAUCGGGCAUGGGAUUCGGUCGGCAGAUUCCCAGAUGAGAACUACGCACGCGAGAUUAUGCAGCGA